AUAUAAUAUGAGAAAUCAAAGGAAAUCAUAAGUAACUUAAUAUCUUAAGUUUAUAGAGUCCUUUUAGAACUACUCAAUCAAUAAUGAGAGACAGUCCCAAUACUUAACUAGAUGAAUCAAGUAUUUCUACCAACAGAAUCCCCUAAAAUAGAGAAUCCACCAGAGCAAGGAUGAAAAUUAAUUAAUCUCAUAACAAUGCUCUAGCUUAAGGUGGAUAAAUUAGAAAAUAGAUUGCAAAUGAAAGAGCAUCAGCUAAGGGUGGGAAUCCUAACGAAUUUAAUCCAAAGAAAUUUGUGACUAAAGAUCUGAAAGUAAUUGCUGCUAUCUAUCACAGGAAUCUGAUAUUAUAGAUAUCAAGCAAGUUUUUGAUUAUUAUGAUUCUGAAUAAGCCGGCAUAUUAUCACCGAAUGAUUUAGAGUAAUUGCUCUCAAGUUGUGGAUAUCAUCCAACUAAAGAGACUCUAUAUGGUAUUAUGGUUGUAUCAUAACCUUUUUAGAGAUUUUUUCAGAAUUGGAUGAAGACGAAUUAGGAGGAAUUACCUUUGAAUAUUUUCUUGGUAUUUUGAAUCAGGAUAAAUCUAAGUCAGAAAGAAAGGAUACAAUUAGGAGGGUCUAUAGGAAAUAUGAUAAAAAUAAUAAAGGUUUUAUAACCCUUCAAGAUUUAAGACAGGUUGUCUAUAAGGAUUUGAAGGAGGAAAUUGAUGAAGAGGUCUUGGCAGAAGUAAUUCUAUCUAAUAAAAGAAGAUCUUUAAAAAAACUGACUCUAAUCAAGAUGGAAAGAUGACAUUUGAGGAUUUCUAUAACGUAAUGACCAAAAAGGUGUAUUAUUGAUAUUAUUAUACAGUGC